AGAGAAGAUAGCACAAGUUGUGUGCAUUGGAGACCACCUACCAGCAAUAAUGAAUUUCAGGGAGGAAAUUAUGAGCCAGGUAGUUCCAGGACAAUUUGAUGAUGCAGAGUUUUCGGACAGUGAGCAGGCACAGAUUGAAGUCAUUCAGAAAAAGAAAGAAAUAAUUCAAAUGAAGUCAUCACAUUUGUACAUGGAAGCAGAUGUGGAUGAAUUUGACGACACUGGUGAAGACGACGAAGACGAUUGGGACUGGGAUGAUGACAUGGGGAAAGUCACAAAGCGAAAUCUACUUCCUGGAGGAAGAAACACACAGGCAAACAGACAGGCGCCCAGUUGCAAUGCAUCAAAAAUGUCCACUCCUACAGACAAGGCACUAAGAAAAUUUGAGAAUAAAAUUAAUCUAGACAAGCUACAUUUUGCAGAUUCUGUUAUAAACAGAGUUACAGAGAAAUCAAGGCAAAGAGAAGCAGAAAUGUACCGGGUGAAAGAUAAAUCAGACAGAGCAACUGUGGAACAAGUGUUGGACCCACGAACCCGAAUGAUUCUGUUCAAGAUGCUAACAAGAGGUGUGAUAUCCGAGAUCAAUGGCUGCAUCAGCACAGGGAAGGAGGCUAAUGUGUAUCAUGCCAGCACUGCAAAUGGAGAGAACAGGGCAAUAAAGAUAUUUAAAACUUCUAUUCUGAUGUUUAAAGAUCGGGAUAAGUAUGUGAGUGGAGAAUUCAGGUUUCGCCAUGGAUACUGUAAAGGAAACCCUAGAAAAAUGGUCAAGACAUGGGCAGAAAAAGAAAUGAGGAAUUUAACAAGGUUACAUGUAGCGCAAAUUCCAUGCCCAGAACCUGUUAUGCUAAGAAGCCAUGUUCUUGUUAUGGGCUUUAUUGGAAAAAAUGACAUGCCCGCUCCUUUGUUGAAAAAUGCCCAGUUAUCAGACACAAAAGCUCGGGAGUUGUACCUGCAGGUCAUACACUAUAUGAGGAGAAUGUAUCAGGAUGCAAGACUUGUUCAUGCAGAUCUCAGCGAAUUUAAUAUGCUGUAUCACAGUGGGGAGAUAUAUAUCAUAGAUGUGUCCCAGUCUGUGGAGCAUGAUCACCCUCAUGCUUUGGAAUUCCUGAGGAAAGACUGUGCCAACGUUAAUGACUUUUUCCGGAAAUACAGUGUUGCAGUGAUGACUGUAAGAGAGCUCUUUGAGUUUGUCACCGAUCCGUCUAUUACAAGCAAGAACAUGGAUGCUUAUCUGGAAAAAGCAAUGGAAAUCUCAUCCCAGAGGACUGAGGAAGAAAGGUCUAAUCAAGAUAAUGUGGACGAAGAGGUUUUCAAGAAAGCCUAUAUCCCUAGGACACUUACUGAAGUUAAAAACUAUGAGAGAGAUGUGGAUAUCAUGAUGAAGCUGAAAGAAGAAGACGCGGCCUUGAAUGUGCAACAAGAUAAUAUUCUCUACCAGACAGUUACAGGGUUAAAGAAGGAUUUAUCAGGUGUUCAAAAGGUCCCUGCUCUACUUGACAAUAAAGAAGAAACAGAAUCUGAUUCAGAGGAUGACGGGAGUUCUGACUCCAAAUCGGCCUGCAAAGAACAGGAAGAGUCUGUUCAUCGUAAAGAUCAGCCGGCUGAGACAGCGGUGGAUAAAAAGGAAAGGAAGAAGGUAGCUAAAGAGGCUCAGCGAGAGAAGAGGAAACACAAGAUCCCAAAGCACGUAAAAAAACGAAAAGAGAAGACUGCAAAAAUGAAGAAGGGCAAAUAAAUCCCAGUUGG